UGAAACCCCACCCUCUUUACUGAUUGUAAGCACAGACGUAGAGGUGGUUCGAGGUCCUGAAGAACACUGACCGAGGAAGAAGGAAUACGAGCCGAAAUUCUGAUGGAGUUAUUGCGCUGUUUGGAUACCGACUGUAGAGAGAACACCGAGCUGGACCAGGCCACGCGGUCAACUCUAAUUAGGAACAAACGGGAUUUGUUUUAACACUGUGUCUCUCUUUCUGGGAAAGAAAGUCAAUCAGGUUUGGAUAGCUCUUCCUGUUACCGAGUCGGCUGUUCCUAAGUUUAUAUGCUGUGAUAAAACGCAGCUCAUUGCGUGCUUCUGAUAAGACCGUAAGUAUGGAUACUCUCGCGCAAAGGGAUGCGGGAUUUCCUGCGGCCGCGCCGGAAAGUUGCGGUCAGACGCGGUUAUUGGAGAUCUGGGGUUAAUAAUGCGAACUGGGCAGCCCUGAAACUUGUCGUAAAACACUGCUUGGCUGGACUGAAUGCUCCUUUCCUGCUAUUCUUCUCCGCUUCUGAGCGCUUCCUGCUUGUGGUGGCCACUGCACUUGAUGGCUAAAAAUACAUGAAAACUCAACAUGGACAGCUAAAGUAGUAGUUUUGUAAAACAGUCGAAGUAUUUUACAACAAGCUUUGGACACUUGUAUCUCUUUCUUAUCAGUUUUGGCUUCCAAAAUCAGAACUCAACAGGUGGCAAGUCUGAAUGAGGGAAGAGAGGAGCUAAUUUACGCAUAAUGAGGUGGUUCAAGAACCUCUUAAAUACAAGCUAGUGAAAUGAUAUUGGGCUCAAACCAAGUUUUGGGAAACCACAUCACAGAGAGUAAUUCAGUGGAGAUGGUGCUGUCUUUCUGAGCUUUGAAACACUUAAUCAAACAAAAACAAACUCUUGACUCAUUCUGCAUUUUCAAAUGGAGAGAUCUGAAUUUAAUGUCGAGACGAAUGAAAGACAGUUGCCAUUCAGCUAUCUCUGAAUCGUCUUUCAUAGCCCGCUUGUUGGUCAAGCUUUUGAACACUUUUCAUUGGUCCCUGAUGAACCAACAAGAAAGACAGGAAAGGGAGCAAGGUGCAAUAAAGUACUCCUUUGUACUUUAUUUUCAAACCCUUGGGGUGCAAAAUCAGAUCCAGUCAAAACAUCUUCUUGAGGCUCCAUGGAGCCACUGAAGAACAUAUUCAGUCGAGGCCCACUGUCGAACUGGAAAAAUUUGGAUCAAUCACAAAAAGGGAACUUCACCAACCCGGUCUGGACAGCCUUAUUCGACUAUGAGGCGUCCUGUAAGGAUGAGCUCACCUUGCGGAAAGGUGACCUGGUGGAAGUCCUGUCUCUGGACUCUGAGAUAUCAGGGGACGAGGGCUGGUGGGCAGGUAAGGUCAACAACAAGGUGGGCAUCUUCCCAUCCAACUAUGGCUCGUUCAAGCCAAAUGGAUAUGGGAAGCUUCCUGGCAAUGGUGUGGUGGCUGAGCUUGGCACAGCAGUGGUUGGCGAGUUUGAACCAGAUGCGGUGGAUUUCCGGGAGCUGAGUCUGGAGGAAGUCAUUGGGGUUGGGGGCUUUGGAAAGGUGUAUCGCGGUACAUGGAAAGGAGAGCUGGUGGCUGUGAAGGCCGCCCGGCAAGACCCAGAUGAGGAUAUCAGUGUGACAGCGCAGAACGUCAGGCAGGAGGCCCGUUUGUUCGCCAUGCUCACUCACCCAAACAUCAUUGCCCUCAAAGGCGUCUGUCUGCAGGAACCCAACCUUUGCCUCAUCAUGGAGUACGCCUCAGGUGGGCCGCUGAGCAGGGCACUGGCAGGGCGUCGCAUUCCGCCCCACGUCUUGGUCAACUGGGCCGUGCAAAUUGCGAGAGGGAUGUUGUAUCUGCACAGCGAGGCCAUCGUCCCCGUCAUUCAUCGAGAUCUCAAAUCCAACAACAUUCUUUUGGCCGAGCCCAUAGAGAAUGAAUGUAUGGAAGGUUUGACAUUGAAGAUCACAGACUUUGGCCUGGCGAGAGAAUGGCACAAGACCACGAAGAUGAGCACUGCUGGCACCUACGCCUGGAUGGCCCCUGAGGUCAUUAAGUCCUCCACCUUCUCCAAGGGCAGUGACGUCUGGAGCUAUGGUGUUCUGCUGUGGGAGCUUCUAACAGGAGAGGCACCAUACAAAGGGAUUGAUGGACUUGCCGUCGCCUACGGAGUCGCCGUCAACAAACUCACUCUGCCCAUCCCUUCCACGUGCCCCGAACCCUUUGCUCAGCUCAUGGCAGAGUGCUGGGACCAGGACCCCCAUCGCAGACCAAAUUUCAGCUCCAUCCUGACCCAGCUGACGGCCCUGGAGCGCCAGGUGAAGGAAGAGAUGCCACAGGACUCGUUCCACUCCCUGCAGGAGGACUGGAAGCUGGAGAUCCAGGACAUGUUCAAUGAACUCCGAGCUAAAGAGAAGGAGCUGCGAUGCCGUGAGGAGGAGCUGAAACGAGCGGCACUGGAGCAGAAGUCCCAUGAGGAGUUCCUGCGGCAGCGCGAGCAGCAGCUGGCCCAGUGGGAGCAGGACGUGUUUGAACGCGAGCUCACCCUCCUCAUCCUCCACCUGAACCAGAACCAGGAGAAACCCAAUGUCAAGAAACGGAAGGGCACCUUCAAGAAGCACAAACUCAAGGGCAAGAAUGGCGAGAAGAUCAGUAUGCCUCAAGAUUUCAUCCACAAGAUUACGGUGCAAGCAUCCCCGGGCCUGGAGAAGAGGCGGAACUCCCCUGAUUUGGGUUCGGGCUCCUCACCCUCUUUUGGCCCACGUUUCCGUGCAAUCCAACUCAGUCCCAGUGACAACAGCAGGACAUUUGGUCUGAGCUCCGUCUGGCCACUCGAAGCUCCUUCCCUUAAACAAGCCAAUGGAGACCUAAGGUUGGGCCCCCACUGGAGGCCCCAGAGCCCGAAAAGUCCUAAAAGCCCCAAAGUCCUGCGCCUCAGUCCCCAGGAAAGCAGUUUGUCGAUGAGGGCCAAACUCUUGGAGACGGACAGCAAUGAGAACGGAGAAUCCAAGGAUGACUUUGAGGAGUACAGACCCUCAACUCCAACCCCUCCUGCUCAGAAUGGCUCUUCAGUGAAGGACAGCCUGCGGCUCCCUCUACCUCAGCGAGACUCGAGCAGCGAGGAAGGGGGUUCUUCCCCAGCUGGCUCCCCCAGGCCUGAGAGGGUUUCCUUCGGUGGCCUCGUUAAGAGCACCCACCGGGCCCUGCUGGGCAGCGGCUCCCUCCUGGCCUCCAUAGGACUAGGUCGCUGCCUGGAUAUUCCUCCAAGGGUGCCCCCUCGAACUCACACCUCUUCCCUAGGGGACCGCACCCCUUCUGAACCAGAGAUCUUCCCCCCUAAGCCCCUCAUUUCAGACCCUCCAGUAGUGGACGAUCUCAUCACCUUCUCCACCUCUGAGCCGCUUCCCAGACCACUCUUGGAUUUAGCUCUGCAGUACCAAGAACCGAAGCCUUUUCCCCUGACACCGCCUCCACCCAACCCCCGCGAGAGGAGCAGCCACCGGACACUGCAGACAGUGCACAGUCCACAGAGCCCCAGGACCCCCCUGCAGCACGGUCAGGCCAGCCCAGGGGAAUGGACCUCCAGUUCUCGUUCAACUAAUGGGGAGCUGGGCUUUGAGGACUGGGAGUACAGAGCUGACAGGCGGAGGAGGUCGAGCCAAGGCCUGCAUGUCUCUCAGCUAGUUUUGGACCUGCCCUUAUGCCAAGACACACAGGAUUCUGAUGAUAAGCCCUCAGUACCCUAUUCUCUCCACCCCAACCCUGCCCUCUGGAACCCCAAAACACGCCGCUUGGAGGUCAACGUUAUCCCCCGUCCCCGCCCCUCCCCCAUCCGGCCCCGCAUCGAUCCCUGGAGCUUCAUCUCAGCUGGCAGUGGGAACUCGGGUGGUGUUCGCAGCCCAAACCGCUCGGACAGCAACCUUCUGGGCUUCCAGCCCUCCCCUACCAACCCUUUCCACAACUGUGACCCCUUCCCCUCACCUGAGUGUGACCCAUUCACCCUCAAGGCUGACCCCUCAAGUGGCUCAGACACGGCUUCACCCUUUGACCCUUUCUCAGCUCCCUUUCCCACCUCCCGUUCUGCCCCGUGCUCCACUAACGGCUCACCCACGCUGCCCUCGUUCCGUAUAAUGCCCCUCAACCCGGCCGACUCCCCCCUCAUUGACCUGGGCUGGGCGGCUUGCAACAAGCCCCUGGAUGGCACCAAAGAGAGAGCUCACCCCCGCAGGACACUCGGGCUUAAGCCUUUCAAGUCCCCAACGCCACUCAGAGAUGACAGGUUCUAAACCUGUGACAAAGCUGCAGUUUUAAUCAUGGGAACACAGUCCAGGGCCCUUUCCACUACUAUGUCCUACUUUUUAACAAGGAUUUGGAAUCUUUGAAAUAACGCACACCCAUGACUCGACCCACUGAGGGAGGUUUCCCCCUAUGGGAGCCUUAAUGAUCGCAGGUCUUAUUUAUACACCAGCCUGCUGCUUUGGAAUCCAGGAAGCCAGUGAAAGGUGGUACAUUGAAUUGUGGGAUAGCUGCCUUUGAACCAAUAGCUGGUGCCCAUUUCUUUCUCUCUCUUUCUCUGUCUCUGUUUUUCUAUGCCUUUGAAGGAGCAGAACACAGAUCUAUAGUCCCAUCUCCAGAUUCUAUCAGACUGCUCAUAUCACCUGCUUUCAUCUUCCCCCUACCUUUGAAGCAUUGUGACAAUGCAGAGGUGGAUAAGGCGACUUGCACAGCUUCAUCUGCCUCUACCUCUCUGCAGACUGAAAGCAUUCAGGACAAUGGAAAAUUGGAGUGCCUUAUUUCGUGAAGUGUUUUUAAUAUAUAUAUCUUUUCAAGGUUCCUUGAAUGGUUAAUCUGGUGCAUAGGGAAGAUGCUAUGAUUUUGGCUUAAGUAUGAAAAUUAGCUUAGCGUGUCUGUGGAAGAAAAUGUCUGCAUGUGCGUGCGUGAGUGUGUGCAUGUAUGUCUAGACUCAUUGUUCAAGGAAAGCUUACUGUUUUUGUUUUUUUAAACAGCGUCUGCCUGUUAAAUUAUGGGAGAAAGCACUCAGGGUGGCUAUUCGAGGCCACUCAUGAAAAGCAAGACAAAAUCAUGACCCAGGCAUUCCUCUUGGAAGCAGAUAACAUUCCAGUCACAUUCCCUGGGAAAUGCCAGGGAUUGGACAAAUUCAUUUAGUUGGCAGGCGACACAGCACAGGAAACAAGACGGGGGAGCCCUCUGCAUUCCCUUCAGAUGCCAAAGAAUGCAACUGUGACAGUGUAAGGGCUAGGACAAAGACUGUUUGCAAAUGAAUGGUUUUUACCUCCAUGGAGUGCCAGAUGGGUGGGCUUUGCCACACUGGACAGCACAGAGAAAGCUGAGACAAUCACAGUAUUUAAACAUAACUUUGAUAUACUUUUUUGAGGUUAUCUUUUAUAAACUAUCCAGAUUUUCUUAUCACCACCUGUCUGGCGCUGUGAGAAGGUUCCACCAAAUACUUAUUUUAAUAUUUGCAAAUUCUACAUUAUGUCGAUAAGAAAGCUUCAUUGAUUAGAUUAUUUGUACAGUCAGACAGAGUAGUACUAGCCUUGCAGAGCCAGCCAACUAUUUCGCACUGUUCGGGCCACAUGUUUAACACUUCUCUUUUUGACCUCAUUGGACGAACUCCCCAUUAGUCCCUUCUUCUUAGGAAACCUUUUUUUUGUUGUCUAAAUAUCUUAAAUCUCUCUUGAGAUGAUCCAUCAAAUUUACUUUCUAAAAAUAUUUGACUCAGUAAUAGGCCAUGAAAAAUCAUGAUACAUUUUCCCCACACCAAAGAGCUGUUUACCACUCUUAUCUCAGUCUGUUCAGUAUGUAGCUGGAGCCCCCAUGAAGACUGUAUUAUAUCUCAUUUGUUUAAUAGCAGUGACUUCUUGGAGUUCUUUCAUCACAGCAGUGUGGUCAGACAACCAGUGGAUACUCCAAGAAAUCACUUCUCCUUGCCAGGAAAUAGCCUGGCAUGUACCCACUGUAGGUUUUUCUUUGUGGACAGUAUAAAGCGUGCUAUAGAUAUCCUGGUAGGUGGAUUUUGUUACCUUUGAAAAGAGUCAGACUUGCUCAUUGCCUAUAUUUUUCUUCUUUAUAUGCUAAGUUAAGCAACAGUUGAAGAGUUGAUGAAGGGGAACUUGCAUCGGGACAUUUAUUGAUUACAUUCUCAAUCAAAUCUCCGCAUAUGUAUUUCAGACUUAAGGCUCGAGCUGAUGAAAUGUUGGCUGGCAUUGCAAGACUAAAGUAGCAGGGCUCGUAAACUCUUGUUGCCUCGGGUUCAUUAAAAAUCCAUCCUGAACCAUUUUAACACUGUUAAAAAGAUCGGGUAGGGCUAUAAUGUCGUGUUGAGAUACUUCUAGAACACAUACAGCAGAGAAGUUUGACACCGAGUGAUAAAUCAGAGAGAAAUUCAUUGCAGAGAUGCUGAAAUAUAAUUUUGUCCACCAACAGCUGUCUCAGAAUACACUGGAGCAGCAACUGACCAACUUUGACUUUAGGUUCACAGUCAACUCUGUUUUCCAUAGUAAAUAUAACUCAUUCUGGCACUUUUUCUCAGGUUUUCCCACAAAGCAUCCUGGGAAAUGUAUGACUUGAGGCAGGUUGAAGGAAAGUGGAAAUAAAUGUAAAUAAUUACCGAUAAUUCUGCAAUGUGUCAGAUAUCAUAGACUGAUGAUGCAUAACAGUUUCCAAGUUUUUUUUGUUUGUUUUUAAAUUGCAUUCAGCUGAUUCUUAAGCAUGUGGUCUAUUUACAUAAUUGGCAUACGUCAAGCAUGUAAGCAACUGAAAGAGACCCACAAACUUGUCCUGUUACCCAUGUCUUUGCUGAGCAUUAGGAGGUACAAAUACUGAUUGGGUUCAUCACUGACACCAUGUCAUUGGAAGACAAUGGCGGCUUCUUUGUGAUAAAGAGUAUAAACCUCGUCUCCAAAGGGGAGAGCUUUGUGAUUAGCCUAAUAAUCCUACUGAUGAACAGAGGAGGCUGAUAGUGAUAAUUAGCCUCUUGAUAAGAGCAGAGAGCAUUAACAAAGCGUUCAGAUAUUUGGUUAAUUAAUUUGCCCCGACAAUAUGAAAAUGCCCUGCGUUCUCUUUGCAAGGUGUCGAGUUCCUUCCUUCAGUAGCUUACAUUUUGAUUUAAGCUGUGCCCCCCCCUUUUUUUUAAGCUGUCUUUCCUCGCUUUUCCCCCUUUCUCUCUUUGUUGCCACUGGCUGCUUAGCUGCUGACCAGAUGAAAUCUUCACCGACAAGGAUUCUUUUUCUUUAGUCUUCCUCCCACUCCUUUGCACCCUUCUUCUCUUGAAAGUUUUCUUGAGGGCAAUUUUGUCCUGACACUGCAGAGCAUUCAAUUCAGUAGCAGUCAGGUUUUAUCAGGUGAAAAGAAGUCCAUUUAGUUCUCAUUUUUAGAGGUAACCAAAUUUGUUUGAAAUUGAAACAAGAGUUUUACUGUAUAAUUCUAUAGUUCCAUGUCCAAACACAGCUAUGGGUAGAAGUGUUGACAUAGCUGUUCUGAAUGGCCACAGGUAAAUAUGUGGUAAAGUGCAUUGUUGGCUGAAAUGAGUAUCUGGUACAGAUAAUUUACUUAGAGCAAGAGCGAGUAUGAGGAUCAUCUGAGUAAAAUGUGUCAAUAUCAGUACUUGUAGUGAAAGAAAAUCCUCUUCAGGUUUAUACUCUGUUCAUUCUGAUGGAUAUGGAUACAGAUAAUUCAGUUGGUCGAACUGUUAAAUGUUAGUUAACUGCCUAUCAUUAGAAAACUGGCUACUUUCAAGCAAGCGAAUAAGCCAACUGUUAGGCUUAUUAUUAGCAUUAGGUUGCCUUAACAGUUGUUUUAUGCUGACCUGAGGUCCAAUCAAACAACUCGCCUACCAUCACUUGGACAUGAGCAUGUGGAUCUUUGUUGGAUGUCUUCUUGUCUCAGUCAGCAGUCUUCCCUACCUUCCUUUUCUCACUGGUCCUCUUCUCCAACAUUGUACAGAUGUGACAAGUGACGAGUUAUUGCCUCAUCUCAUCGUGUCAACACCUAAAGCCACAAAAGCUAUCCUCUGAUAGUCAUUAGGCUCAGAUAGCUGCUACUGUCAACAGAGCUCUGUGAGGAGAAAAGAUGGAUGAAGGAAAUGGAGAUGAUUGAAGCGUCUGGCAGAUUAUUUCUGUCACAAAUUCUGUGUGCGUGUCAAGUAUCCACUUCAGCCUGCCACUCAUGCCUUCUCUGUUUGUUCGCUUGGUGUUGCACUUUAAUUUUCCCUCAAACACGAUGUUGAAAAGCAUUACCUGCCAUUCUCUAUUAAGCUUGUGCACGUUGAGGGACGGACUUCAUGAAAUAUUACUUGAAAUAACAGGAGUCACUGUACUUUUCAGAUGUGAUUCAUUUGUUGCAAAUAGUCAGAGUGGGAAUCCGUUUCCUGUUGAAGUGAUUCAUUUGAAGUGGCAGGAAGUAUUCCUACUGCAAACCUGUACACAGAGCUACCAUGGAAUACUUGUGUGCUUAGUUUUUCCAUAAAGCAAACAUUCCUACCUUGGCUCUUAAGGUGUGUCCUAAAUCUGAAAGAACUCUAUUUUGGGGGUAGAGGGAAUAAAAAAAAAAAAAAAAAAAAAAAGACACAUUUUAGGAAGUCUUUUGUGGACAUGGAUGUCUAAUUUUUGGUUUUGGCUGUCAGAUUUAGGAACCAAAACUGCCACUCGUAUGCUGGAGCUGACAGCAUACACUCCAAUAAGAAAGUCCUGAUGAGUUGUUUGUGACACUCUGCUCUUCCAGGCAUUGCCCCACCCGUCAUUGCAAAUCAACGUCCCGAGCGCAAACUGACAGGGAGAAUGGAAGUGAAUUCUCUGCAGAAAAGACCGAUAUCUGGCCACCGGUGAUCUUCUUCCAAGCGCUGCAGUGGCCGGGAGCGGACAUGAUUUGAUGAUAUAAAUUCAAAGUUCAAGCUCAGACCAUUGCUCUUAAGCAGUGAGUGGCAAAUGGUCAAUACAUUGCAUGAAUAAAAGUUAUCUAAUGCAACCACCCAUUGGGGGUGACAGGCACUGUUAAAGUUUAAUUUCUUCUUUGUUAACAGUAGACAUGUUUACAUGCAUACUGAUGACCUGAUUUGCCCUGAUUAGGCCCCUGAUUCAUCUGUAUUAAUUGUCAUAUAAAUGCCUUGCAUCCCCUUAUUAUUCAGAUCUGAUUUAUGUUUGUCACACUCAGGAUGCUGGUGGGUCAUUUGGUUUUGGCUGUUGUGCAGUAUGGAGCCCCAAAACUGACAAACAACAACAUUAUAACAGAAAACGUCAAUUAAAAGCAAUGUCCAUUGAAUUGUGUUAAUAGAAAUUUAAACCUUAAUACUUCUAUUUCAGAUUUAGGCUGUUUAAUUUUUCAACUCCUUUAUUUUUCAUUUCAAUGGGACUGCAUGACUAGCAAGCUUAGCUGAACACACUGCAGUUGCUUUAGUGAGAUUUGAUUCAAAAACAUGUCAAAAAAUGUUAAUCCCAUUAAAUAGACUGAAUGUUUGAACUUAGCUAUCACCCCAUAUUUAUUAUUCAACAGUGUGCAUGUAAAUAUAGCCACUUCCGGUGUUUGACUUUAUGGAAGUCGGUAAGUUAAGUCAGGAGAGGGCUGUAUUUCUUAAAGUACUGAAGCCACUAAAAUCAUAUUUUCUCUCCUUCAUUGUUACUGGGGAAACUGAAGCACGAUUCAACAAGUAUGGAGGGAAAAAUCAGGCUCAACAUGCAUGGCAGUUAUUUUUAUUGAUGAAAUCUUGCCUUGCCGGGUCAGCACAGGAGUAAAUUCUGAAACCACAAAAAAAGAUGGCCUGGCAUUUCAGCAGCUUUCACCCCACUGACCUUUGCUGCCCUUGCUUGCUUAUGUACAAUUAAGUGGAGGUUACAAAUAUAUACCUGGUUAUCAUCCUCGUUUCAGCUGUCUCACACUUAGCCAUCAGUGCCAGAGACACAUUAUUGCUCUUUCUGGCUCAUAUUAAACUGAAACACCUGCCCAGGCCUUUGUUUGGCACUAACAGGCCAAGACUAAAUGAUCAAAUAUGACCUUUCAUUGUCUGUACAGGAAUUGCACAUCCCAACAGGGAUGUGCACAAAAGCCAUGUCUGCAAGAGGGGCUGGCAGGUGUGUAAGCUAAUUCUCGGUCUCCCAAAGUGUGAAUAUUAUUCCUAAUUCUUUUCAGUCUGUGCAUCCAAGGUCACCAUCUGCUGUCCUCUUUUUCUCUAACAACGAAAACUGAAUGAAUGAGAGUCGUGAAAGGAGGACCAAUUGGUUUCCAGGACCACCGUGACGGCUCUCAGAGAAGGCUGGCGCGCUGUUUGGAAAAUGAACAUGGAUUUUAUCUAUGAGGUCAUUAAGUCCAAGGCCCACACACUCCCCACCCUGCCCAUUGCUCGACAGCCCCAUGGUCAUGAUUAUUGUUCUGUCUAGCUAUUGACACUCCAUUACCUUGUGAUCUGCUCUGAAUGGAAGUCAUUCAAUCUAUAAAUUUCUGUUUCUAGAGUGUCGAAUGAGUGCACUUGGCUGAGUAAACAGCUUUUGUGUCUAAAAUAUAGAAACUGCAAAAUGAAUUAUUGUUGUCCAGGUAUAAAGCCCAAGACAAGAGAGAGCAACCCAUAUCAUGUACAGGAGGGUUAGCGAUGUAGUUAAGCUAAGCUAAUAAUAAUAAUAAUAAUAAUAAUGAUCAUUUCAUUUGGAUGAAACUGGCCGUUGCUAUGCUGGCUAACCCCUAAUGUCUUCUAAAAGAUAAGCUGACCCUAAAUUGCUCUAUGGCACUAACUGGCAUGUCAAAGUUCAUCGAAUUUCAAACAUGGAAAACUGCAUGAAUUUUGUUCACUUUCAGUGUAGACCAAUCAUGGCUCCGAUUCCAGUAAAAUAAAUUGAUCUUGUCCGAAAAAUUUUGGUGUGACGGAACGUGGACAUUUUAGUCUUUCUAGCGUUGUUAGAAUUUGUCAUGGGAAGAGAGCUGGAUUGUUCAAAUGGAUUGCUCAAAAUAAUAGACGAGUGUGAAAUAGCGUUUAAGUCAUCAGAAACACGCUUAAUGUUGCCAGUGCUUACAGACGUUGUCCACAUGGCCGAUGUAACAAAUUGAUGUUCACAAAUUUUAUGAAUGCCUAAAUGACUCAAAUGCCUGGUUUCUGUACGAUAAACAUGGACACCGGAUCAGCGCUGCUCACACUUAACCUUAUUAACAACCUCCAAGGGACAAAUACAGUUCAGGGUAAAAGAUUUGACUUAACAGAACGUGGUCUCUUUCAGGUGCUCUUGCUUGGGUUUAAAUAACUGAACUCUAAAUGAUCCACAGAGGCAAUUUGAAAUGGUUUGGAUGGUACAAAUCCUCAUGACUCACUGGUCAAAUCUCUUCCACUCAAAGCAUCACAGUACUGUAAAAGGCUUUUCCUUCUGACAUCUUCAGCCAACCAGCUAGGGACAUUUUCAAAAUUUAUAUAAAGGGGGAGGGGUGGAUAUUUAUAAAUGGCCAUCUUUUUACACUGGAUCAUUUCUCUUACUAGAUGGCCAUGGACGCAGUCUACAUUAGGAUGGUGGAUUGAUUGCUUCACAUGAACAAAACAUUUUAUAGGCUUUCACUGGAGUAUUUAAGAUGUUUGUAUGGGUGCUUCACACAAGGCAGAUUAACUUUACAUUCCAGUUGUUCAGUUUGACCAAAACUGUAUUACAAUGAUUCCUCCACAAGUAUUCAACAGAUCCAGCAGAUUUGCCUGAUAGAGCUUGGAAUCCUGUUGUUUGUGUACAUUGCAGCAAAAUCCCAAACCUAAUUAAAAAGUCUAAUGUCCCCCCUGUGGCACCCAUACUGAUUUUUUUUUUUUUAUGUGCAUAAAACUGCUUGGCAGAGAAAAGGAUUUUGUCACUACCUAGAUGUGGGGAACAAAGUUCAUCUACUCUCUGUCUUUGUAUCUAUUUGCUUUUAUUGUAAUUGUUCCAGAUUCAUUUCCGUGUCUGUUUUGUGUUUUAUUACAACCCAGGCGAUGUGAUAGCGAAAUUGUUGCAUUGCCCUGGCAGCCAUUUUUACAUCUCUCUCAGAACUGUCUCUGCUCAUGCGAGUUAGAGGUUUGGCGGUCGUCAGGCUUUGAAAAGUCGUUAUUGUUGCAUUUUUGUGAAAUCUCGCACUGGGCUGGGCCUAAUCAACUGUUUUUAUUGUUGUGUGUCAAGAGGACUAUUUCUGUAUACAGUAUGUGAAAAUGUUUUUAUUUCUCUUGACUAUUAUAAUGGGUUUUAACCUGUGGAAAAAAAGAAAAACAAUGGAAAAAGCUCAAAAACAGAUGAGACCAAAUAAAAUGUAACACUCCUAA